AUGUUGAGAACUCGUCCCUUAUACUCCACUCACAGCAUCAUCUUCACAACAUUCAAACUCUCUUCUCUCCUUUAUCUCUUUUCUUCAGAACUCACUUCUCAUGGCUUCCAAACCAUACCUCAAACCUUCAUCUAUGCAGGUUGCUCUCAAGAAAAAUACGAACCCAACACAGAAUUCGAAAGUAACCUAAAUUCUUUUCUCUCUUCAGCUUUUAGUUCAUCCUCUCAAUUUUCCUACCACAGCUUUUCCAUUGGAAAUAACAACGAAAGCUCAAUAACACUAACAGAUCCAGCCACAAUCUAUGGUUUGUACCAAUGUAGGGGUGAUUUGCAGCCUAUAGACUGCAGAACGUGUGUUGAAACGUCUAUUCACCAAAUAACCCUAGUUUGUCCCUAUUCCUUUGGAGCUAUUUUGCAGCUAGAAGGAUGCUAUCUCAGAUACGAGCAUGUGGAUUUCUUGGGCAAGGCUGACACAAGCCUUAGGUUCAGAAGGUGUCGGAAACCGGUGAAGCAGGUCGACAUUGACUUCUUCCGGCGAAGAGAUGCUGUUGUUACAGAUUUAUUAAUGGCUGCUAAUAAUGGGUUUAGGGUUAGCAGAGAAGGUUUUGUUGAGGGUGUAGCUAUGUGCCUGGGAGAUUUGAGAGCAGCAGAUUGCUCCUCUUGCCUUGGGGAAACGGUGGGGAAGAUGAAGAGCUUGUGUGGAACGCAAGCAGCAGAAGCGGCUGUGUUCUUAGCACAAUGUUAUGUUCAUUACAGAGCCUAUGGAUACUACGAGGAAGCUUCUGAUUCCUCAAGGGAGGAUCGAGUGAGGAAAGCAACGGCUAUUCUAUUGGGAUUGUUGGUAGCACUAAUCAUUCUUAUUGGGAUUCUCUCUAUUUGCCAAAGAGCAAUGCGUCAAAAAUAAAUAAUUUUCCGAGAUCAUCUUCAUAAUGAUGAUGGCUGGGGGGAU